AUGAAGGCCGCCCAUUCUACGGGGGCGGAGGCUGGGACGCCCAGCGAACAGGAGCGUGAAGCUCGCGAGAACGAGGCUAAGCUUGAGGAGAAGAUGGAGAGAGCCGCCGACAACGCAGUCAAGAAGGUCUUCUCCGGGAAGCAGGGCAAGCGGUGCGAGGAGAAGAGCAAGGCCUUCUCCUUCCUGAGCUUCGCGAGACGCCAGCUGAGGAGAAACGAGAGCGACCCGUCGUCCCAGGGCAGUGCCGAGUCAGCCGGGUCGUCGUCGCAGGGCGGCGGCCGUCUCACCCUGAAGACGGUGGGGAAGCUCCUCGAGAGGAAGCGGCGCCGGGACAAGGCGAACCGCAACGAAGAAGCGAAAGCGAGGCGCCUCUUGGAAGAGCUCCAGAGCAAGGAGUUCGACGACCUGCCGACCAGCCGCGGGAGCAGCGGCAGCUCGGGAAACAGCGGCAGCGGGAGCUCCCUCGCCGACCCGGGGCUGAAGAAAACGCUUGACGACUUGAAGAAGACGCUGGACACCUUCAAGAUUCAAUGGGAAGGACGAGGCAGCGCAAAGGCAGCCAGAGGCAACGACGCCCGCGGAGACUCCCACGGCGAAGACUUGGAGGAGCCCAAGGCCGUGCCUCAGGCCUUGGAGGAGCUGGCCAACACGGUCGCGCCGGAAGUGGACCACAGCGCCUUCCCGAAAGGAAACGCAGACCUCUUCCUCGCAGAGCUGGCCAAGAAGGUCCGGGCCACCGGCGAGAACGGGCUGGACGCCUUCCUGGAGAAGAACAAUCUCGCGAAAAGCAGCAGCCAGAGCAAGUUUGCGAAGCUCCAGGCGCUCCUCGAGUACAUGCAGUCGUGA